GCCAUUUGGGCUUUUAGGCCGCCCAUUAAAUGUAUCUUUCUUUGGUUUUCCUCUUCUGUUUAUGUGAACAAACUUUGUUUUCACAAUUCACGCGCCAAUGAAUGACUUCAUAAAAGCACAGGAGUCAAAAAGGGACCUAAAGGUUGUUUCUUCUCAAAAGAUUCUUUCUGUCGUGACUUCUCUGGCAUUUCCGGGUAGCUUGAUUGGGCGCAGGACAAAACUAAUUGCUUUACGACUCUGGGUUUAGACAGGAAUUAUUUAGAUUCCAAUUUAAAUAGGCAAAUAAGCCGCUGUGAUUACAUUUCAUACUGUGUCAAAUUAUCAAGGAGUUAGGUUCAAGCGGUGCUUUUUAUGACCAUGUGGCGGAAUGGGAGGGAUCUAGUUUCUUCUGAAACAAAAUAGACUUGAAAAAUUGUCACACCAUUAUACGUCGCAUAUUUGAUUAUAUUUGAAGAAAAAAUGCAUUUAAUCUUAUAAUUAUUUCCGCCUGUCAUUGGACAUUAUUCCGGACGAGUUACUUCAUAAUUUUGUUAUAACUCAUUACAAACUAUUCCAACUUCAAUAUUAAAAUUGUUGAUACCUAGUUGCAUCACGGGGUUUUAGACCAUUUUUUAUUCCAGACCAAUUUUUAUUCCAUCUAAUCUGUUCAGCUUGUGUGUCAUAUGCCGCUCAAUUUCCAUAUUUUUUUGGCCAGACUAAAUUUUGAAGCCGUGUUACCAUGAUGCCCCAAGUGUGAAAUGUGAUGAUGUGCAGCAUUUGCUUUUACCUGAUUAUAUCGGAAAUAUGUCAGAAACUUCAAUAGCUGAGCUCAAAUUGAUUUAAUGGAAAAGUUCUUUUAAACAAAAAUCGAUCUAAUACAACAAAUUCAACAAAAUUUCAACCGAGCUGUCGAAUUACCAGUAAUCAGAACUAUUGUAAAAUAAUUUGUGAAUGAUGCUCAUCCUUCUGAAAAUCAGUAAAACGUAGAUUUUCAUUUCAUUUGGGACUAUAUAUCCGGGAAACAAUGAGUUGUCAUGAUACGAUUUUCUGAAGAGUUAGAACUGUUAUACUUUUGAGAUUUUCGCUGAUUUAUCAUUAUUGGCCGUUUAUCACUUUUUACUAAUUGAUCCAAUGAGGAACGUGUGGAGUGACUCAGCUGUUGUUUUAGGGGCGAGGGUGGUGGCGGGUCUUGUGUUCCUGCUUGUGGUGAUCAAAUGUGUGAAGGAGUAUCAAGGACGUCCUUUCAUAAUAGACCUCACUUAUCUGUCGAAGACCAGCGGCAGUUCGACGAUCACGACAACCGCAGCUUCCACCUCAGUCGCCAAUGCCGCAUUCCCAGACCUCAUCAUUUGUUCUGCACAAGAAACUCAGGACGAGUAUUCUUCCCAUGGUGAAACGGACGAGAAAAGUGCAUCAGCCGAAAGUAAUGAUUCAUCGUCAGAGAGGACGAGAGAGGGAGACAAGGAAGAGGGGACGACACCAAGCAUAGCAGACUAUGUUGUGGACUGUACAAUAAAGAACUACACUGUCACUGCGCAGGAUGAGUUUAUCAAUUGUGCCGAGUUUUUCACACCCUACUUUCACCAGGAGUACAAGUUCUGUGCGCAGAUGAGGAUGCCCUCUGAUGUGAAAUACCAGGCGAGUAAGUUGAAUGCAGGCUACUUCGGAGUUCACCUCACCCUGUUCCUCGACUCAACUAGCCCCCUCACUUCCACCGGCAGAGGGGGACGGGGACCAGCCAUCAUGCCACCACACUCCAAAUUCACCGGCGUCAUUGUGGGCCUGCAGGCAUCCAGUGACGACUGGCUAAGUGACGUCACGUGGACCAGUACACCCCCGGGAGGCUUCUCGGUCAAGGUCAUUUACCAGAAGAUAUAUCACGUUAAACUGUCCAAGCAGAGGUCACAUGUGUGUCGCAACAAGCGUCUAAUGGAAGCUGCGGCUAAUAUCAGUGAUAGCAAGCGCGCUUCUUCGUGUGAGAAAUUCAUAGACUACGAAGUGCAGACACGAGCCAACAUGUUCCCCACGAGUCAGUUCGGCCCCAUCCUCCUCUCUCGUGCCUGUCUCUACUCGGCCAGGACACGACCCCACAACCACAGUCUCACCACUCGAUUACAACACCUCAUUCGUACAGGAAAGUCCAUAGAGACAUAGA